AUGUACCUGAAAGUCACCGUCGAAGAUGUCGGUCCUGUAAACGAGCUAGAUAUGAGUGUGGGCCUAGACGCCAGGAUGGAGCUGUCCUGGCCCUUUUACGCGAUGCCGUGUGCCUCGGCUUUUCGCUUUUUGCGAGGCCUCAGGCACGUGCGCUUCGAAGACGGCGGACUCAGGGCUGUCGCCUCGCCGAUUACCUUCGCCACGUACCGUAAUCUGCCAGCGGAGACGCGCCUUCCAGAGGCGGUAGUGCGAGAGACCCGUCUCGUGCAUUCCGCGUCUGACAACUUUGAUGACAAGGAGCUCACAUUCAUCAUGGACAGCUCUUCGGAUGGACAGCACUGCUUAACUGUCUACUCGGUCAGGCAAACUACAAUAAUCGACUGCCCCAUGGACUUUUCCAAUUAUCCGAGGGAGAUCCAUGAAUGCAACAUCAGCAUCACAACAACCCUUCCUGAGAACGUCACCAAGUUUCUGUGGUCCGAGCAGAAUCCGGUCAAAGUCAAUCCCAACGUGGACCUUGUCCGAUUUGAAGUCACCGUGCAAGGCCAAGGCCAGUCGAGCGAGCACCUGCGGCUGCAGCUGCGUCUGGCGAGGCGCAUGGGAGACCAACUGGUGGGGACGUACGCGUCCACUGCUCUCCUGGUGGUCUGUUCGUGGCCCGCCUUCUGGCUCGGGACGACGGAGCGUCUGUCCCUGUGCGGCACAUUGCUACUCGCGCUGACUCAGCAGAGCGCUGCCGCCCGGCGUGCGUUGUCGCCUUCCGUGGCCCUGACGCCGGUGGACUGGUGGAUGAGCGGCUGCGUCGCGCUCGUGCUGGCAGUCAUCGUGGAGACCACCAUCGCCUGCUACGAAGCCAAGGUCGAAGGCCCCAAGCUUGUGCCGAGUCCUGAAACUUCGACCUUCGAGGUCAAGGAUGGCUAA